UUCCGCAUUCUAAAAUUGUUUCUAUAGCAUCUUUGAUGAACACUGCCUUUGCUUUAAGAAGAAGAAACAUUCCAGAAUGGCGAUUAGUAUGACUCGCAUUAUUCGUGCUAAGCAGGGCCUUAGAAGGUCUUCUUCAAGAACAAACAGAGAAAGUGAGGUUCCUAAGGGGCACUUUGCAGUUUAUGUUGGUGAGAGCGAGAAGAAGCGUUUUGUCAUUCCAGUUUCAUACUUGAAGGACCCUUCUUUCCAAGACUUGCUAUGCCAAGCUGAAGACGAAUUCGGAUUUGAUCAUCCAAUGGGUGGACUCACUAUACCUUGCUUGGAGGAUACCUUUCUUGACAUCAUCUCUAAUUUGAGAUCUUGAGAGACUACACAACUUAGUUUAGUGAUACAAAAUUUUGCAUAGAAGAGAAUUCUUGUACAGUUUAUUUGUAUACAUUUUUAUCUGCUGAAAAUUUCAGAAAGUCUGUCAAAUUUUGAUA